GUAGGUAUGCUGAGUAGUUUACUUCACUCUGCCCUCUGGCGGCCAUCAGGAGUAGUGCGUGCGUUUACUUUGUGGUUUACGUCUGACGUCACAGCCCGGAAUUGCGACGCUUUUGUUUUGUUUUGGUUUUGACUUUUUAGUUGGACUGUGAGGGCGACAUGCGGCCGGGUGGGACCGGGACAAGCACCAGAAACCGAAGCCGAACACGGAAUAAACGGGGAGGAAACUGACCGGUGAUGGACGAUGACGCUCCGAUUCAUCACAAAAAGCCGACUUUCACCGACGACAAGAUGAAAGCGUCCAGCGAGCCGCCGGCCGGAAGUAGUAAAGUUGAAUUGUCGCUGCGGAAUUUGGACAGACGCCGUGCGAGCAAGGUGAACUUAUCUCGGGCCGAGGAGGAAGAAGAAGAAGAGAAAGAAGACGAGGAUGCGGAGGACAACAACAACAACAAUUGCAACGGCGCGGCCAGGGGGGCGGGCAUCGUGGAGCUCAUUAGGGGGAGUCUGCUGGCAUGGACGUCUCCUCUUGACCGCACCGGCACAGACGGUCGGAUGCCGGGCGGCUCCGAGGGAGUCCUCGGUGACGCAACUGCCGCUUGCGACGCCUCAAGCCGCUACGAAGGCGAGCAGGAGCCGCACGGGAAACAGGGACACGCCGGAGUUCAAAACGAGCCUUCUUCUGCUGCUGUAACCUCUUCAAGCACUCGAGGGUUUGAUCUAGUUUCACUUUUAGAUCGAAGUGGGAAUAAUAUCAGCCUGGGUGACUCUUCCAGCGUCACGGAGCACGUCUAUUGCGCCGUCUACUGCAUAGCUAACGACAGCGACGUUGCUGGUUUCGAACACCCAGACGACACGAUAAUUACAGCCGAACAAGACGCUGACAGUUCUGGGAACGAACUGGUUCUGCACACCACUGAGGACCUGGUGGACCCCUUGCGUGGAGCCGUCCGGCGGCUGUCAACACUGCAGACGGGUGCCCACGCAGCCCAAGCACAGCCGUGCCGGGUGUGCCUGGAGGAGAAAACAAUCGCACCCUUGCCCUGCUGCAGGAAGCCGGUGUGUGAUGACUGCUUGACCGUGUACGUCCGCUCCCAGGUGCAAGAGGCCAAGACUUCCAUCCGCUGCCCUAUCUCGGAGUGCAGCGGCCUGCUGGAGGACGCCCUGGUGGUGUCCCUCCUGGACAAAGAGGACGUGCUCAGGUAUCGCUACUUCAAGGAGCUAAGUCAGCUGGAUUCCAGCACCAAGCCCUGCCCGCGCUGCAAACACUUUACCUCACUCACGGUGCCCAGCCCCAUCCGCUCUGAGCACAAGUACAAGAUCAAGUGCAGCAACUGCCAGUUUGUGUGGUGCUUCAGGUGUCACGCGCCCUGGCACCACAGAGUCAAAUGUCGCGACUACCGCAAAGGCGACACGCUGCUGAAAAAAUGGGCGAGCGCCAUCGAGCGCGGCCAAAGAAACGCCCAGAAGUGUCCUAAGUGCAAGGUCCACAUCCAACGCACGGAGGGAUGUGAUCACAUGAUAUGUGGGCAGUGCUACACUAAUUUCUGCUACCGCUGCGGCGAGCGAUUCCAUCGACUCAAGUUUUUCGGGGAUCACUCCUCCAACCUCAGCGUGUUCGGCUGCAAAUAUGGAUAUCUGCCCAAUAAGCCACAUCUACGGCGGCUAAUAAGAGGAUCCAUCUGCGGCUUGAAGGUGCUGGUCGCUCCAGUGGUCAUCUCAUUGGUCCUGGUCUUUGGCGCUCUGGCACUGGUCAUAGGUGUGAUAGGGUUUCCCAUCUACUAUGUGUGCAAGAAGAGGAAGAAGCAGCGCUUUACAGCUAUAUCUUUUUCGACGGCCUGACAUUGAGUGCACCACAGGAGCAUCUCUUCAGGGUCAUCCAAGUUACCUGGACCACCACUCACAAACAAGACCAGGAAUGGCCUCACUACGGGAUAUUGCACUUUUGCACUUUUUUUUUUCCAAAUCCACGCUUGACAUUCAUUUAAUCAAACUGAGGAGAAGCAGGUUUGUUGCCACCUGCACGAUUGAUCUACGAUUGGCUGACAUUUGGAAGAGGUGGGAAUGUUUUGACAAGAAAUGAGCGCCCUGGAGAGGGGACUGGAGGUAUGAUAAAGAACAAAAAUAUCCACAUAAUAGUGAACAGUAAUUUAUGCAACAGUUGAAACUAUGUGUGAGUGUGCAUGUCCACACCCUGCAUGUCAGCACGUGUGCAGCAUCAUCAAAAACAAAACCAAGGUGUCGACCUGUCGCGUUGUGCCAAAACAAACUGCCUAAAUGUUUUGCGCUAAAUCUGCUCCCGCUUUACUUUUCCUUAUCUGUGGCAGGAUGCUCAUGUCCAAAUGUCUUUUCUUAUUGCCAAAGAUUGCUGGAAGCUUUUAACCUUCCCUAUCAAGCCACACACUUUUCCACAUUCUAGUAACAUAAAAGACGUCAUGCUUGUCUCGCUGAACACGCCAUUGUUCUCAAACAUGAAAAUCCACCGCUCUAUAUUUGGAAACGCAGGUGUGAAAUACGGAGGACAUAAAAUUCCACCUGUAUUCACUAUUGACUUCCGUGUAGAAAAGGCUAAUGUGCCCAAGAAUAUGAGGGCCACCCUGGAAAAAAAGCUAUAAAAAUGUUGUUCCCGCAAAGUUAAGACGAUAUUUUAUGAUUUUUAUUAAAUCAGUGCUGCAAAGUGGGAAAAGAGACACUAUACAAAGGAAACUAAUCGGAAAAUAAUGACAAAAUCUUCGAAUUAAGUCGAGAUAUUAUGAGAAAUUACAAAAUUGCUAGGAAAAAAGUAAUGUUACCCAAAAAAUGUAUUACAGUGUUAAAACUAAUUUUUGAUAUUGCAAUAAUUAAGUUGUAAUGCAAUGAAUAGGUUGUAUAGUCUUAAUGUUACAGGAAUAAAGGUUUGUUGCAAGAAUAAAGUCCUGAUAUUACAAGAGUAAAAGUUGGUUACGUUGGAAUAAAGAAUGUGACAAAUGUGAUAAGAAUGUCACGUUGCGAAGAAUUAAGUUGCAAUACAAAGAAUACGUUUGGAUGCUGAUAAAAUAGUUUAAUGUUAAAUGUGUCAUAUUAUGAUUUUUUUUUAAACACUUCCAAGUGUUCUAAAUAACAUGUAAUAGUGGUUCUUUGGUAAAAAUCCUGCAUAGAUUAUGUUUUACAGACGGUUUUCAAGCCGCUUUCUCUUCAGGAUACGCCAUUUUGUGGGUGGUUUUGUUUACGUGCCUCCACUUUGACUGCGUCUUCUCCCCGCCAGCCAUGUUGUAGUUGUUAGCGCUUCCACAUGGAGUCUACUUUGAGGAUGCAUGUGCAUGUUCGAGCCAGUCUGCCCCACAACAAGAGGGUAGAGAAAAAGAAAGAACUUGUUGCGUAGCUCGUGCAUAGCUCUUCGGGUAAAUGUAUACCAUAUAUGAAUAUGUCCGCUGACGUGACCAGUGUUAAAAACGUCACAAAGUGGGCAAAUUCCAAACAGCUCGUUUAGAGGAAGUAUGAAGGAAGGCAAGAUUGUUUAAUACAAUUUAUCUUGUUUUAAAAUUUACGAGACUUAAGCAGAUUCCAAAUACACAAAAACAGAUACCAAUAGGUAAGAAAAGUUAAUUUUACAUAAUAUGGCCCCUUUAAGUAAAACAUUCGGGAGAAAUAUAUUAGAAAAAACAUGCAAUCUUUUAAUAAAGUUGUAAUAGUCGGGCUCAAAAGGUUCAAAUGUUAAGAUAGAUUUGUUAUCUUGUGAUAAUAUAGUCAGAAUGUUACAAAAGAGGUUGUGGUGUUACAAGAAUAUAGUCGCAAUAUUACGGGGGGGAAAAAGUUUGUUACAAAAUAGUCUUUUUUUAUGAGAAAAAAAAAGUUGGUAAUGAUGGAAUAAAGUCGUGAUGUUGCAAGAAUUAUUUUGUAAUACAAAGAAUAACUUGGAAUGUCAGAAAAAUAUUUAAUAAUUAAUGUUAGGUCAAAUCAGGAAAAAUAUGUUGAAAUAAAAAGAUGCAAUAUUUUAAUAAAGUUGUAAUCUUACGAGAAUAAAGUUUAAAUAUUAAAAUGGAGUUGCAGUCUUGCGAUAAUAUAGUCAUUUUGUUACAAAAUAAGUUGUGUUACAAGAAUAUAGUCAUUAUAUUAGGAGGGAAAAAGGUGGUUGCAAGAAAAAAAUCCUGAUAUUCUAGUCCCGAUUUUUCGAGAAGAAAAGUUGGUAACAAUGGAAAAAAGUUGUGAUACAAAGAAUAAGGUCAAAUGUGAUUAAAAAAAAUAAGUAAGUUGAGAUAAAAAAACAUUAAAUGAAAACAUCGGUAAAAAUACAUUUGAAUAAAAAGAUGCAGUCCUUCAAUAAACUUGGGGUGUUACGAGAAUAAAGCUAUAAUAUUCAGGGGGCGAAAAGUUGUAAUAGUUAAAGUUAAAUGUUAAAGUACCAAUUAUUGUCUCACACACACUAGGUGUGGUGAGAUUAUCCUCUGCAUUUGACCCAUCACCCUCACCCCGUGGGAGGUGAGGAGAGCAGUGAGCAGCAGCGGUGGCCACGCCCCGGUAAUCAAUUUUGGUGAUUUAACCCCCAAUUCCAACCCUUGAUGCUGAGUGCCAAGCAGGGAGGUAAUGGCUCCCAUUUUUAUAGUCUUUGGUAUGACUCGGCCGGGGUUUGAACUCACAACCUACCCAUGUCAGGGCAGACACUCUACUACGCCACUGAGCAGUAAAACUGAGUUGUGAUCUUUCAAUAAUAUUUUCAUGAAAAAUAGUCCUAAUUUUAGGAGAUAAAGUUAUGAGAGAAUAAUGCCAAGGCAAAGUUAUCAAGUUACAAAAACAUUCUGACAUCACAAGAUUAAACAGUAUUUGUAAUAUUAUGAAUAAAAUGUUACAUGUGGUCACGUUACUAUUAAAGUUUGUCUACGCUCAUACUAUGACUUUAAUCUUGUAUCAUUGGUGUUUAUCUCGUAAUUUUGUUUGAAAAAAUAAGACAAUACACAUAAUUUUUGUACAUUAUUCCCAUAAUUCCUGUUUUGUUGAUAUUAGUUUCAUUUCCCAUGGGGCCCUCAUGCUGUUUAUCAGACUUUUUUUUUUAUAUAGGAAUAAGUUCAGUGUCAUGUCAAUUUGAAGGCUGCUGGUUUCUAUUGGCUAGAUGUUACCUUUGACCUAUUUUAGUUACAUAAUGUUUCAAGUGUGCCUUAUAGCCCCCAACACUGAUGCAACAUGCAAGGCAUCAAUUUGUUGAUCAUGUGACACCAAGACACCAUUAUUAAAUAUGGGGUUAAUAUUGACAAGUAUUCACUUCACAGGGUAAAUAUUAAUAUUCACAGCAUUCAGUUGUGCUGAAACUAUUCAGAAUCAGAAUCAGAAUCAGAAUCGUUUUAUUGCCAUUGUUUGAGAACGGGUUCACAAACUAGGAAUUUUUCUUGGUGCAAACGUGCGACAUAAAACACAUAUAACACAUAUUUGGUAUAAAAAAGAGCUGUGACUGAGCUAUCAGAUAGACUUAGAAGGGAUUCAAGGAAUUCAAGGCGCUGCUGUUAGGAGUUAUUGUUCAUUUGCCUGAUGGCCGAGGGGAAAAAACUGUUCAGGUGGCGGGAGGUGUGGGUCUGGAUGGAGCGUAGUCUCCUGCCUGAGGGAAGAGGGGAGAAUAGCAUGUGUCCAGGGUGAGAAGAGUCAGCUGUGAUCCGACCCACACGCCUCCUGGUCCUGGAGGAGAACAAGUCCUGGAGGGAUGGGAGCUUGCAGCCAAUCACCUUCUCAGCAGCACGUACGAUGCGCUGCAAUCUAUUCUUAUCCUGGACUGUGGCGCCGGGGAACCACACUGUGAUGGAGGAGGUCAGGAUGGACUUUAUGAUGGCUGAGUAAAACUGCACCAGCAUUUCUGUCGGCACCUUAAGUUUCCUCAGCUGCCGCAGGAAGUACAUCCUCUGCUGGGCUUUCUUGAUGAGGGAGCUGAUGGUCGGCUCCCACUUGAGGUCCUGGGUGAUGGUGGUGCCCAAGAAACGGAAGGAGUCCACAAUGGGGACAGG